AUGGUUUCAAGGUCAUAUUCCAACUUGUUAGAUCUUACUUCCUGUGGCUCCCCAUCUUUCGGUCGCGAGAAGAAAAGGCUACCUCGAGUUGCAACUGUUGCCGGAGUACUAUCUGAACUAGAUGAUGAGUCCAGCAAUAGUGUUGGCUCUGAUACUCCAUCCUCAGUCUCUCAAGAGAGGAUGAUCAUUGUAGGUAACCAACUUCCAUUAAGAGCACGCAGAAAAGACAAUGGUACAUGGGAGUUUACAUGGGAUGAGGACUCACUUCUUCUGCAGCUGAAAGAUGGUCUUGGGGAUGAUGUGGAAACUAUUUAUAUUGGUUGUCUUAAAGAAGAGAUUGAGCCUAGUGAGCAAGAUGAUGUUGCUCAGUACUUGCUGGACACUUUCAAAUGCGUGCCCACGUUUCUCCCUCCUGAGCUUUUUAGCAAAUUCUAUCAUGGAUUCUGCAAACAACACCUAUGGCCUUUAUUUCACUACAUGCUUCCCCUUUCGCCUGAUCUUGGUGGUAGAUUCGAUAGGUCCCUUUGGCAAGCUUAUGUUUCUGUGAACAAGAUAUUUGCGGAUAAAGUGAUGGAAGUCAUUAGCCCUGAUGACGACUUUGUGUGGGUUCACGACUACCAUCUGAUGGUACUUCCAACAUUUUUGAGAAAGAGAUUUAACAGGGUGAGGCUAGGAUUCUUCCUGCACAGUCCAUUUCCUUCCUCUGAGAUAUACCGAACCCUUCCUGUUAGGGACGAACUUCUUAGAGCUCUUCUGAAUUCUGACCUUAUUGGGUUUCAUACUUUUGAUUAUGCCAGGCAUUUCCUCUCCUGCUGCAGUAGAAUGCUUGGAAUUUCUUACCAAUCCAAGCGGGGCUACAUUGGUCUUGAGUACUAUGGAAGAACUGUAAGCAUUAAGAUUCUUCCUGUAGGUAUUCAUAUAGGUCAGCUCCAAUCAGUCAUGAGUCUUCCUGAGACAGAAAGCAAGGUUGCAGAGUUAAAAAAGCAGUUCAGAGAUCAAACUGUGCUGCUCGGGGUUGAUGACAUGGAUAUCUUCAAAGGAAUCAGCUUAAAACUUUUGGCCAUGGAGCAAUUGCUUUUACAACAUCCUGAUAAGAGGGGCAGAGUUGUCCUGGUCCAAAUUGCAAACCCUGCAAGAGGCCGUGGAAAGGAUGUGCAGGAGGUACAAAGUGAAACUUAUGCCACGGUGAAGAGGAUAAAUAAUACAUUUGGAAGGUCUGGAUACACACCUGUAGUCUUGAUUGAUACACCACUUCAGAGUUACGAGAGAAUUGCUUAUUAUGUGAUUGCAGAAUGUUGCCUUGUUACAGCAGUGAGAGAUGGGAUGAACCUUAUACCCUAUGAAUACAUCAUUUGUAGACAAGGCAGUGAGAAGAUAGAUGAGAUCUUAGGGACAGACCCACUUAUUCAAAAGAGAAGUAUGCUGGUGGUGUCCGAGUUCAUUGGCUGCUCCCCUUCAUUGAGUGGGGCAAUUCGAGUGAAUCCAUGGAACAUUGAUGCUGUUGCUGAAGCUAUGGAUUCUGCACUGAUGGUUCCAGAGGCUGAAAAGCAGAUGCGGCAUGAGAAACAUUAUAGGUAUGUUAGUACACAUGAUGUUGCAUAUUGGGCACGUAGCUUCUUGCAGGAUCUGGAGAGGGCAUGUAGAGAUCAUCUAAGGAGACGAUGCUGGGGCAUUGGUUUUGGUUUAGGCUUCCGAGUAAUUGCUUUGGAUCCAAACUUUAGAAAGCUAUCCGUGGAACAUAUUGUUUCAGCUUAUAAGAGGACCAGGCACCGAGCGAUUCUUUUGGAUUACGAUGGGACUAUGGUGCAGCCCGGAUCCAUGAGUACAACACCUAAUGCCGAAGCAGUUGGCAUCUUGAACAUCUUGUGCAGGGACACCAAGAAUUGUGUUUUCAUUGUAAGUGGAAGGGAGAGAAGGACUCUUACUGAAUGGUUUUCUUCUUGUGAAAGGAUGGGAAUCGCUGCAGAGCAUGGUUAUUUUGUGAGGACCAAUCAAAAUGCCGAAUGGGAAACUUGUGUUCCUGUACCGGAUUUUGAGUGGAAACAGAUUGCUGAGCCAGUUAUGCAGUUAUAUAUGGAAACAACUGAUGGUUCUAACAUAGAGGCCAAAGAAAGUGCUCUUGUUUGGAAUUACCAGUAUGCAGACCGAGACUUUGGUUCAUGCCAAGCUAAGGAGCUUUUUGAUCAUCUGGAAAGUGUUCUUGCCAAUGAGCCUGUCUCUGUUAAAAGUAGUCCAAACAUUGUGGAAGUAAAACCUCAGGGUGUGAGUAAGGGUAUUGUAGCAGAACGUCUUCUCUCAACAAUGAAACAAAAGGGAGUGAUUCCAGAUUUUGUUCUAUGCAUAGGAGAUGACAGAUCAGACGAGGACAUGUUUGGGGUAAUAAUGAAUGCCAGGGCAUUACUAUCUCCAGUUGCUGAAGUGUUUCCUUGCACAGUUGGGCAAAAACCUAGCAAGGCCAAGUAUUACUUGGAAGACACAAGUGAGAUUUUGAGAAUGUUGCAAGGCCUUGCCAAUGCUUCUGAGCAGUCUACUAGAACUUCUUCUCUACCUUCUCAUUAA